CUCCUCUCCGUUUGAUAUACAACACCACCAAACCCAGAACCUUCCUCUCUCUCUAUCUCUCUUCUCAUUCCUUCUUUCAAGGGCUUAUCCUCCUUCAUCUCUUUCCUUCUUUGAUUCUGUAACUACACAUCUUGUGUUCACCUGAUGAAUCGAACUCCUCCCAACCCUAAUCCUUUUGAGGAUCCGAAAGUCAGACUUAGGCAUCACAGCCUUAUGCAAGAUUAUCAAGAACUGCAUAUGGAUACCGAAGCAAUGAGACACAAGUUACAGAGUAUGCGAGAGAGAAAGGCAAUACUAAUGGGCGAAGUCCGAUUUCUUCGGCGGAGAUACAGACAGUUGAGACAAGACCAGCCUGUUAUGCAUCCACCAGAUGUUAAAAAGGGUAGAGGAAGAUGGAAGAGUAAAACGCAAGUGUCGUCUCCUAAUAAGAGAAGUGAAGCAGAAACCAAACAUGUUACACUUCCCGACUUAAACCACUCAGUAAACGAAACCAAAACCAGUCUUGAGAAGAGAGUUCCGUUGUUCGAUCUAAACCAGAUAUCUGGAGAAGAAGAGGAAGAAAGAGAGGCAAUGAACAAUGAGAGAACGAGAGUGCUAGAAAGUAGUUCAUGUACGAGAAAGAGCAGCACCGAGAUGAAGCUAUCGUCUUGCAGGAACGGAGGAAACGGAUCAAAUAAGAGGAAAGUUUCGUGGCAAGAUCCUGUUGCAGCAGCAGCUCUCAGAGUCUAAUACCCUCAAAAGUCAACGAUCUUGUAACAUAGUUCCACAUCAAUGUAGCUUGCUUUUAUUUGCUUUUGAAACACAUAUAUCCAAAUGUGGCUUGAAACUUAAAAACCUUAUCCCCUUCUCUAUA